AACACCCAAAACUUGGAAAAAAAAUACAACAUUUUUCCCUCAAUGCCUAGAUCAACAUGACCUCUACGGAGGGAGACGACCUCAUCGACGAAUCCGAUGACUUCAAAACGCUGAAAUAUCAAUUGCUUGGUCAGUCGCUCACCAAAGCUGGCCAAGACACCGUCGACCAAGGCAAAGUUUCGGAGAUUAUCUAUAAUGCAUCAAAGGGUUCCAAAUUCUUCAACCACGAGGAGGUCCGCGACAAGGUCCUCACACAACGCAUAGACCAGAUUCAAAUUAAGAAGAAGGAGCUUGACAGCAGAGAUCUAACUCGUGACUUGCGCAAUGCCGAUCGAGCCAUUUCCGAACUCGAACUGACUAGAGACCUCUCGCAGCAUAUUGUUCAUGUAGACUGUGAUGCUUUCUAUGCAGCCGUCGAGCUCUUGGAGAAGCCAGAGCUCAACGAUGUUCCAUUUGCAGUGGGCGGCGGCGUCCUUACGACUUGCAACUACAAAGCUCGCGAAUUCGGAUGCCGGUCUGGCAUGGCUGGCUUUGUGGCCAAGAAGCUCUGUCCGCAGCUGAUCCUGUUGAAGCCAAACUUUGACAAGUACACAGCCAAGGCGCGCGAAGUCAGAAAGGUGCUCGUCGAAUACGAUCCUAGAUUCGAAAGCGCUAGCAUCGAUGAAGCAUACCUAAACAUCACGGAGUACUGUACUGAGCAUGAUAUGAAUCCUGCCGACGUUGUUAAUCAAAUGCGGCGGGAAGUACAUGAAGCAGCGAAGAUCACCGUCUCAGCAGGCAUUGCGGCCAACGCCAAGCUGGCUAAGAUUUGUUCCAACUACAACAAGCCCAACGGCCAGUACGUCCUAGCAAAGGACAGAGUUACCAUCAUGAACUUCAUGCGUGAUUUGCCAACUAGGAAAGUCCCUGGCAUUGGCCGCGUGCUAGAGAGACAGCUGUCAGAAAUCGGCAUCAAGACUUGUGGCGACAUUUAUGCAUUCCGACAAUACCUCAAUCCAUUGUUCGGAGAAAAGACGUUUGAGUUUCUCAUGAAGAGCUAUCUUGGUCUUGGACGAACCCGUAUCCAACCAGCAGAAGAAUAUGAACGCAAGAGCGUCGGAACCGAGCGCACGUUUGGCGAGAUUUCAGACGGCGCCAAGCUCCGAGAGAAACUUCGGCAAACGGCGGAAGAUUUGGAGCGAGACAUGCGUAAAGCCGAAUGCAAAGGACGGACGCUGUGUCUCAAAGUCAAGUUGCAUACAUUUGAAGUGCUUACACGACAGUUUGCGCCGCCCCGAGCAGUGUAUCUCGCGGACGACCUCUACGCCUUUGCACUACCAAUGCUGGCAAAACUCGAACAGGAAAUGCCGGACCUGCGCCUCCGUCUUAUGGGCCUGCGAUGCACGCAUCUCGUGAGCACAAAGCGACCUGACACGAUGGCAUUUUUCGGCUUCAAGACGAGGAGUGGGGAGGAUGUAUCGCCGACUGGCACUUCGGGCGCUUUGCAUGGCGCAGGGGAUGCUUACACAGAAACAGAGGAGCUGCAGCAGCAGCAGCAACACAACAGCGGUGGCGAAGAUCCGACGGAGGAUUACACACGCGCCUCGCGGCACCAUGGCAAGGAAGUUGAGGCGAAUCCGGUGGCGGCGACAAAACGCAAAGACCGACCGGACGAAGAGUGGUGGGACUGCCCCAUCUGUGGUAGGCCACAAGAUGCUGAUGAACGGGCCUUUAACGAGCAUAUUGACUUGUGUUUGUCGCGGCAGACGAUCCGGGACGCUGUGCAGGGCGAACAGGCCAAGGAUGGUCCUGUCGCCGAUGGUGCGCCGCCGCCGUCUACUAUUCCCACACCAUUCAUGCUCCCAGGUUCUAAGAAAGCAAAGGGGGUGGACAAGAAGAAGAGCAAGGCCGUAGCAAACAAUGAUCCGCGACAGAAGCGGCUCUUCUUUGGAUAAGGCGGUGGCCUGUCUGAUGAAUCACGAACGACAUGACAGCUAGCAAUUGGAGA